GAAAGAAGAGCCUCCAGGUACUCCGGGCACAUGUUGUACUUGUGCAAAGACACACUUUACUCUGCCUUUAACUCAUAUACAUGGAGCAUAUGCUGGGCAAGAUGCAGGUUUUCUUGCAUACACGUGACACACCGUGCACAUGCAGAGAUGAAGAUACAGCCAUCAUGAAGUUUGAGUGCACCUCCAUAUGCCACGGCAGCUUAACAAAAGGUCACUGAAACAGAUUUGGUGGCAACGACUCAUCCCUGCGGACACGACAAUAAGUCUCCAAACCCUGAGUGCCACAUUAUGUCUCCACACACCAGCAGAAUGCAAAUAAGAAGCUAAGCUGCCAUCGGUUUCUUUACUAUAACAAUGCACACCCGUGGUUUGUACGUCCUCCGCCUGGAGCAGAACCACACAGCUGCCUAAAUAGAUGCUAAUGUAUACAGUAUGAAUAAAUCUCACAAGCCCAGUUUGUAAAUUGUAAAUGUACAGGUUGGACAUGCCUGCAAGAAAUUAAAAGCUGUUUAUAGGCCUUGAAUGCCAAUUUUCCUGUAUCUCUGGAGAUAGAUAAACCCACAUAAGUGUUACUGAACUGUACAUAAAAUAAUGAGAGCUCGAUAAGGUCAUUUUACAAUUAUGUGUUCUUUGCUGGUGUAGAGUGCAUGUAUUGGCAUAAUCAUGUUCUAUAUUUAAAAGCCAUAGGCCUGUAUGGCUGAUGUUCUAUUUAACAACCCCCGAAGUAAUCCACCAGUGUUACCUCGCUCUUCCAUAAAGUCUAUUAGAAAUAUUCAGUGGUGUAAUUUAAAGGGGAAUCAGAUGGUGUCUGAAACUGUAUCCGCAUUUCCUUUCUUAAACUGUAGAUGAGCCAGGUAAAGUUUAGAUGACCUCGGUGUUGCCCCCUUUUUCAUAGCAGUGAGCGGUUCUGUUGGUCCAACACACCCGAUGCUUAAACUGCCACUUAAACUCUGUUGGAAUAUCAUAUGUGGUAUUUCUAUGUGAUAGGUUGUAAAAGCAGAAGUAUCCAGACAUGCCCAGAGGCUUCAGCUGCUUGGGGUGCCCUGAGGGGGCAGACGACAGGUAUGUGACCCCCCCGGCUUCAGAGCUCCAGAGGCUGAUGUGGACAAAGAGAGGGACCAGCAGCCAUCUGGAUGAAGUUCAGCACAGGAUCUUUAUUGGAGACAACAGUUUUAUAUUUUUUUCCCUUCAGGUAUGCAAGAGGACACUCCAGGCUCACCACAAUGGGAAGUUCAAGGUGAACACAGGCCCCAGCUUCUACAGAGACACCAAAAUCACUUAUUAUGGAAUAGAAGCUUUUGACAUGCCAUCCUUUAACUUGAGUCCCUUCUUUUACCCAGCGGCCAAUUUUAUCAAGAACGCUUUGAGCUCGCCCACAGGUAAAGUGUUUGUCCACUGUGCAAUGGGUCUCAGCCGUUCGUCCACCUUGGUCCUGGCAUACCUGAUGAUCCACGAGAACAUGACGCUGGUGGACGCCAUCAAAGCUGUCAGCGCCAACAGGAACAUCUCACCUAACAAUGGUUUUCUGGAGCAGCUCCGAGAGCUGGACAAAAAGCUGCACUUCCAGGGAUCAUCGAGGAGCUGGCGGACUUGAGAUAAAAUCCUUCCGUGCAUAAAUUUGGAUUAUAUUGUUGAGUUAGAAGUACA